AUGCUGAGUGUGCAGAAAUACAUUGAGCUCUCGCCGUUCCCCUUAACAGAAGGAGACAUCGAAUCGUUGGGUCAGAAUGACGAGGAAUAUAUACCACAUACCUGGCAAGAAAUAAAAGAUGUCAUAGCCGAGGGAGACAUGUCUGUCUUGAACCGGGCACCAUCAGACCUCAGAAACUACAUUCUCUGGGUCAGAGAGACAAGAAACAACAACGACUCGGUCAUUGAAUUCCUACUGCGGGAACGCCUCCUCUGGAAAAAGAAGGCUCAAGCUGAACAGGCUGAAGACUCCAAUAAUACUCAGUCGCCCACUGGCCUGGCCUUUGAAUACCAAGACGAAACUCCAUUUGCUCAUCCAGCUGAUUAUAAAAUUCUCCGCAAUGACUGGCCAUACGGACUCGAACAUAACAUCGUCCAUCUGGUUGUUUGGCUUAAGACUCGGAUCCCAGUUGAAGAGGACGGUCAGGGUGGCCCAACUGCAGAGUCACGCAAGCUUAUUGAAGAUUUUGUCGACAGGACAUUCACCCAGAGAAUUGUCGAGAGACAUAGAGAGGUAAACGGGAAUUGUCCAAAUAACAUCAAGGAAGAAAAGGUGAUGUGGUUUAAGAACAAGAAGAAAUGGCAGACCGUUGCUAGCAUCGAACAUAUCCAUGUCAUUCUUCGAGAUGUUGACGAAGAUUUAGUUGUUGGUUGGACGGGACAGACAUCAAUGGAUAUCACUGCUAGAUCCUAUGUCUGGAAUGGGCAAUAA